CACGAGGCGACUCUGAUUAUAAAAACGUCUAUUCUUUUCCUCCCAACAUGCUUCCACAAAAGCAGCAAGCAUUUAAAUUCGUAAUUCGCUCCAAAAUAACCAGUGACGAUUCUUCAGCGGAGCCGCAACACAAUUUAUCGGAACAAACAACCAGCGAUAAUGCCAAAUCAAAACCCGUCGACAUGCCGCCAGUAUUGAGCGAAGAAACUGAACGGAAGCGGAAACGGACCGACAAAGAUGUUAUUCCUAUUGCAUCAAAAAAGGUGUCUUAUCACAUUACGUCCUUCAUCCAACCAAUAUUACUCAACAGCAAUAUCAUGUUAUGGCCAAUCAACCUUAGAUUCACAGCCAAUUACAGAAAUGGAAUCAAAAAAAGGAAGAGCUGAAACUCGAUGCGGAAGAAAACCCUGGUGUUGAGCAGCCGACCAACGAC